AUGAAGGAUUGGUCAAAAAGGCUCGAUGAUUCUCCAUGGGCUUGUAGGACAGCAUUCAAAACACCCACAGGAAUGUCACCUUAUUUUUUGGUAUUUGGGAAGGCUUGUCAUUUUCCUGUGGAGCUUGAGCAUCGGGUAUGUUGGGCUGCUAAGAAAUUGAAUGUGGAUUUGUACAAGGAUGGAGAAAAUAGGCUCAUGGAGUUAAACGAAUUGGAUGAAUUCCAUAAUGAGGUCUAUGAGAAUGUGAAGAUAUACAAGGAGAAGAUGAAGGCAUGUCAUGACAAGCAUAUUCUUCGCAAGGACUUUACAACCAAGGGAUAA